CGGAUUCUUGUAGAUAAUCAUCUCAUUCCACGUCAACGGCCCCGUUUUAUUUCCCCGUCAUUGGAUUUAUUCGCGUAUUUUAUUCUGCAACUGCAACAUUUUUAUUAGCAGGUUGUCGGGUUGAUUUUAUCGGGUUUUAACUGAGGUACAUACAAAUAUAUCCGGGAGAAUGAGUACCACGGCGGUGUCGGAGCUGGUGGAGGUGGCGGUGUCGACGCCGUGGUCCAACAUCCGGGCGUUCAGUCAGGAGGGCGAGAUCAUCUGGAUGGUGGUGGUGGGCUUCCUCAUCGCCUUCGUCCUGGCCUUCGCCGUCGGCGCCAACGACGUGGCCAACUCCUUCGGCACCUCCGUCGGCUCCAAGGUCCUCACGCUCCGCCAGGCCUGCAUCAUGGCCGUCAUCUUCGAAUCUCUCGGGGCGGUGUUAAUCGGGUACAAAGUGUCGGACACGAUCUGGAAGGACAUUGCCGAUCUGCGCGAGUACCGCGGCAGCGAGAAGACGCUGAUGCUGGGCGAGAUCGCCGCGCUGGUGUCGGCCGCCAUCUGGCUGCUCAUCGCCACCUUCAUGAAGAUCCCCGUCUCCGGGACGCACAGCAUCGUGGGCGCGACGAUGGGCUUCUCGCUGGUGAAGCGCGGCGUGGGCGGCAUCCACUGGAUCAAACUGGGCAAGAUCGUGGCGUCCUGGUUCAUCUCGCCGUUCCUGGCCGGCGCCGUGUCGGCCGGCUUCUUCCUGCUGAUCCGCCGCUACAUUUUGUUGAAGGAGGACCAUCUGACGCCCGCCCUGCACGCCAUGCCGCUCUUCUACGGUCUGGCCAUCUUCGUCAACUGCCUCUCCAUCUUCCUCGACGGCCCCACGCUUCUCUACUUUGACCGAAUCCCGUGGUGGGGCGCCCUGAUCAUCUGCACGACGCUGUCCAUCCUCACCGGUCUGGGCGUGUGGUUCUUCGUGGUCCCGUGGCAAAAAAAGAAGAUCCUCGAACGCACCAUCCAGCUCCAGCAAGAGUUGAACGGCGUGGCCAUGGGCACCGGCACCGACGACCUCCCGCAGUCCACCUUCGCCUCCAUGAACCCCUCGCGCGCCAGCUCCGUCUUCGACAUGCGCCCCGUGGGGAAGAAGCAGCGCCGCGAUUUCUCCACCGGGACACCCGGGGGGUUCCUCGGGAAGAUCUACCGCCGCCAGACCAUGUCGGCCAGCACCAGCAUGACGGGAUUAGCGGGAUUCGGGGGCGUGUCCAGGACCGCGAGCCAGGCGGUCCUCCCCAAGACCGCCGAGGAGCCCAGUCUCCCGUCCGUCGCCGAGCAUCACGACGAACACGACGCCGGGAUCUUUUUGGACGUCCCGGUGAUGAACACGACCGCCGCCCCGGAGGGGGGUGGGGCGCGGAGCAACGGGAGUGUGCGGAACGAUCUGAGCGUCAAUUCGACGGUGACGGUGGCGGUGGAGGGGCCGCGGGAGCCGCUGCUGAAGGAGCGGGAGGCGGGGGAGGUGCGGAUUAGUCCGGAGUUGAGUUCGGGGCCGGGGUACGGCGGGGUGGAGACGCCGGUGGGGAGUGAGCCGGUCGGCCCGCCGGGGAGCGCCACGCCCAAGGGGAAGAAACUGUUUUUCUUCCCACGGAAGAGUCAGAGCGGGAGCGCCGAGGGGACGGAUCAGAAGUGCUUCCCGGCGCCCGGGGGCCGGAGGAGAACGCAGUCGUUCCACCGCGUGAAAGAUCCGCCGGAAGUGCACGCCAUCUUCUCCUUCCUGCAGAUCCUGACGGCCGGCUUCACGGCCUUCGCGCACGGCGGCAACGACGUGUGUAACGCCAUCGGGCCGUUGAUCGCGCUGUGGGUGCUGUACUCGACGGGCAGCAUCCCCGAGACGGGCUCCUCGUCGACGCCCUUCUGGCUGUUAUUAUUCGGCGGCUUCGGCAUCUCCGUCGGCCUCAGCGUCCUGGGCCGAAAGGUCAUCGAGACCGUCGGCACCAAUCUCACGCCCGUCAUCCCCAGCAGCGGGUUCUGCAUCGGUCUGGGCACGGCGUGCACGGUGCUGGUGGCCAGCAAGAUCGGCCUGCCCAUCAGCACGACGCACUGCAUCGUCGGCAGCGUCGUCUCCGUCGGAUGGCUGCGCAGCUCCAGCCAGGUCAACUUCCGUCUCUUCCGCACCAUCAUUUUCGGAUGGUUCGUGACGCUACCGGUGACGGUGGGGGUGAGCGCGGCGGCCAUGGCCAUCCUGAGCAUCCUCGACUGAGACCGGACACGCUGAUCCCCGUGCUUUUUCUUGUUUAUUUCACCACCAAAGUGCUGAUUUAUUUUUGUGCGGUGUACGCUGCUGUUUGUUAACCGUGUUGCCCGAUGUUCCUAUAAACUGACCCGGCUAGUCGCGCGUCCGCUCCGGUACAAUAAACAGCAGAAGUGGCUGUUUUUGGCUUUUUGUUGACUGGUUGGUUUGAGCGGUGUGGGGGACUGUUUCUUCGCUAACUGACGCUGUUUUCUGGCGGCCACAUUGACCAUUUUGAUGGCGCUGUAUUUGUAAUCCGUAUCGGGUGAGCUGGCUGAUUUUUCUGACCGGAAUUUAUGCAGAUUUGUUGUACUGAUCAAACACGAAGAAAAUGCAGCAAUUAUCACUAAAUAAAAAUUGCGAAA